GGGAGGGACGGGAGGAUGUGUGCUUUGAUCUUGGAGCUGAGGGAGUUUGAAGCCUCCUAUAAAUACAGACAGGCUCUGAUAAGAAGGCCAGUUUUACUCUCAGGACAGACCAGCACACCUUCCUCUGCACCCAGGACUCAAAACCUGCUUUCACCAAACACAAGGAUUUACUCUUUUCCAGGACAAAACUUCAACACUGCAGCCAUGAGAGGACAGUUUUCCAUCGAGUGGAUGGCCCAGAGCAGCCAGUCCUCCGGCACAGAGAGCUCAGCCUCUGGACCCGCCGCCUGUGGGACUCAUUCAGAGAGUCUGCCGGGCUUUUACUGCAGGCAGAAGUCUGAAAAUGGACCCAAGCAGCAAGAAACCAGAAACCAGGGCCUCAAUUCAAUCAGUCUACAGCACCAAACCUCCCACAAUAAUCAAGUAACCGAGGAAGGCUUCAGCAGCGGGACAGAGGAGGAAACAUCCGGCUACGAGAGUGAAGGGGGUCGCUCCCUCUCCCCCUCGGCCCCCACUGACUGCACCUCCACCCCCCCGGCAUCCCCUCCGUCAGGGAGGAGACCCCGUACGGCCUUCACAGCAGAGCAGAUCAGCAGCCUGGAGAGGGCCUUCAAGAGAAACGCUUACCUGGGAACACAGGACAAAUCCGAGCUCUGCAAGAAGCUCAGCCUUUCUGACAAACAGAUCAGAAACUGGUUCCAGAACAGGCGGAUGAAGCUGAAGAGGACGGUGCAGGACGCCCUGGCUCACGCCUGCCAGGCAAACGUCACCUCUCAGUUCAUGCAUUACCCCGAGCUGCAGGCCUACAGACCGGGACCCUACCCCAGAUAUCACUCUGCAGCAGCAGCCCAGGACGUCCAAGCCGCUACCUCCUACAUCCACCCACACAGCCUGCAUUACAGCUCCCCUCUGCCCAGCGUCACCUCUCUGCCCCUGGACUCUUUCUACCAGUACAGCAGCCUCCCUGGAGUCAUGCUGCCGUCUGCCACAUCUCAGAUAAUGGGAUCCUACUCAGCUUACCCUCAGUAUUACUGACACUGAAGAUGUGUAGCUACUGUAAUAUCUGCUGGUACCUUUUGUCAGACAAAAUGAGAUUUUAUUGAUUGUAUUCAUCUUAUCCUAAUAGGAUCAAUGCUAUAGAAAUAUAAGGAACACAGGCAAUGCUUUAAAGCUUGAACCAUGAUUUUAACAGGGCGUGUGCAAUAUUUUGAUUUGUGUGUGGAUAUCUCUGCUUCUCACUGAUGUAUAGUUUGGAUAUAUUUAAAUUUGAAUAUAUGAAGUUGUUUUAUUUGAUUUGUGUUUGUUUUGUCAUUGUGAAAUCAGAUUGCUAAAAUAAAAUCAUUAUUAAAAUUAA